AUGAGUGAAACUGUAUUGGUUACUGGCGGUAGUGGCUAUAUUGCUUUAUUUUGUAUUGUUAAAUUGCUUAGAGAAGGAUAUAGAGUUAGAACCACUGUAAGAAAAUUAUCUCGUAAAGAUCAAGUAUUAAAAGCAGUUAGAAACUCAGGAUUGGCUGUAGGUGAUGCUGAAAUUGAAUUUGUAGAAGCUGAUCUUUCAUCUGAUAAUGGUUGGAGUGAUGCUGUUAAAGGUUGUAAAUAUAUUUUACAUGUUGCUUCCCCGGUUCCUCCAUUUCCACCAAAACCAAAUCAAGAUGAUGAGGAAGAAGUUAUUAGACCAGCAGUAGAUGGUACUAUUCGUGUAUUAAAAGCAGCUCGUGAUGAUACUAAUGUUAAACGUGUAGUAUUAACUUCAUCAAAUGCUGCUAUUGGUUAUGGUAAAGCAAGUGAAAAUUUAGGUCGACCCCUCACCGAAGAAGAUUGGACCAUUAUUGACGAAACUUGUUCUGCUUAUGUAAAAUCUAAAGUAAUUGCCGAAAAAUCUGCUUGGGAUUUCAUUGAAAAAGAAAGUAGUGGUAAAUUAGAAUUAGUUGUAGUUAAUCCAACUGCUGUUUUUGGUCCAUUAUUAAGUACAGAGUUAUCAGCAUCAAUAGAUAUUGUUAAAAAUGUUAUUAAAGGCAUCCAAACAUAUCCACCCAUUUCAUUUGGUGUCGUUGAUGUAAGAGAUGUAGCAGAUAUUCAUUAUUUAGCAAUGAUCACCGAAGAAGCCAAAGGUAAUAGAUUCCUAACUAUUUCAAGCGAUAAAUAUACAACCAUGUCCCACAUUGCAAAUAUUAUUAAAGAAAAUAUCCCAGAAAUUUCUCAUAACAUCACACCACCACCAAUUCAUCCAGAUCAAAUUAUCCUUACUAAAAGUGCAUCCAACGAAAAGGCUAAAAAAUUAUUGGGAUGGAAUCCAAGGCCAGCAGCCGAAUCAAUAUUGGAUUCAGCCAAAAGCUUGGUUAGUUUUAAUUUACUUUAA